UUUAUAGUUAUCAAAUUACUCUUCGCAGUCUCGUGGAAUUCCAAACAUGUCCACAAACACCGACGGAUCGCCGCCAUCGACCUCAUCGGCGGCGGCAACCACGACAAGAGACUGGAUUUUCCCUUCAUACUCAUUCGUCCACUCCACGCAUAACAUCCGGAGAACCCCUAGAAGAAGGAGAUUCUCUUCCUACCAUCCACCGCCGUCGCAGCAAUUCAACUCCACCGCCGCGGCGUCUUCCACCGAAGACGCCUCUAAUUCCUUCACCACUAUCUCUCCGAGCUAUAGACCACAGAGUUCGGAGUUUCGCAAUUACCAGAAGUCAACGAGGUUGGUGGCUGGUCGUCCAGACGACCCCGCGCCAGCGCCUGUCAGGUCGAACGACGCCGUUUCUCCGGAGACUCGAUCAGCAUAUUUGGAGAAGACAUUUUCGAAUUUUUUUAGAGGCGGCUUGAGAAUUCGACCGCGGCUUGCCUUUUCUGUUUCAAUAGUGACAACGGUGUUGUCUUCAUUGUUGAGCAAAAAUUUUACAUUGCACAAAGAGGUUACUCAGUUGCAGGGUCAAAUUUCCAAGCUUAAUGUUAGACUCAAACUAUGCAAUCUUUUGGACUCCACAGACAUAUACAACUCGACCCUGCACGAUGUUUCUCUUGAUCCAAGCAAGAGCCUGAAAAUUGCAGCAUUACUUGUUUCAAUCAUGUUACUAGUCCUCCCACUCUUCUUCUUGAAGUAUGUUGAUUAUAUUUCAAGCUCAAGAAGACAGAUUGAUAAUAACUCAGAGGAAGUUUCCUUGAACAAGCAGCUAGCAUACAGGGUUGAUGUCUUUUUAUCAGUUACCCCUUAUGCUAAGCCUCUAGCAUUGUUAGUUGCUACUUUGCUGUUAAUAUGUCUUGGUGGAUUAGCACUGUUUGGUGUGACUGAUGACAGUUUAGCUGAUUCCCUUUGGUUAUCAUGGACAUACAUAGCAGACUCAGGAAAUCAUGCUAAUUCUGAAGGCUUUGGUUCUAGACUAGUGUCUGUAUCCAUUAGUUUUGGUGGGAUGCUUAUAUUUGCUAUGAUGCUUGGACUAGUUUCUGAUGCGAUUUCUGAGAAGUUCGACUCUCUGAGAAAGGGUAGAAGCGAAGUUGUUGAGCGGGAUCAUACUCUUAUACUUGGGUGGAGUGAUAAGUUGGUAAGCUCUCGUAUUGUGUGCCCUAAACUGAAGAGGAAACCACUCACGUUCAUGCUCCUGGGAUCACUUUUAAAUCAACUUGCCAUAGCUAAUGAGAGUUUGGGUGGAGGAACCGUGGUUGUGAUGGCAGAGCACGACAAAGAAGAAAUGGAGCUUGACAUUGGUAAAAUGGAGUUUGACUUUAGAGGAACAUCUGUCAUAUGCAGAAGUGGAAGCCCUUUAAUAUUAGCUGACCUAAAAAAGGUUUCUGUUUCUAAGGCUCGAGCAAUAGUUGUCCUUGCUGAAGAUGGAAAUGCUGACCAGAGUGAUGCUCGUGCGUUAAGGACAGUUCUAAGCCUUACAGGAGUUAAGGAAGGAUUGCAGGCUCACAUAGUGGUUGAAUUAAGUGAUCUGGAUAAUGAAGUUCUUGUUAAACUCGUUGGAGGGGACCUUGUUGAAACUGUUGUGGCACAUGAUGUAAUUGGAAGGCUGAUGAUUCAAUGUGCUCGGCAGCCAGGGCUCGCACAGAUAUGGGAAGACAUUCUCGGGUUUGAAAAUUGUGAGUUCUAUAUUAAAAGAUGGCCACAGCUGGAUGGAAUGCAAUUUGAGGAUGUUUUGAUAAGCUUUAAGGAGGCCAUUCCUUGUGGGGUGAAGGUAGCAUCUAGUGGUGGAAAGAUUAUUCUGAAUCCUGACGAUUCUUAUGUUCUGCAAGAAGGGGAUGAGAUUCUUGUUAUUGCAGAGGAUGAUGACACAUAUUCUCCAUCAGAUCUGCCAAUGGUCAAAGAUGCCAAAUUCCUACUCGUUACCCCACUGGCAAGGAAGCCUCAGAAGAUUCUACUUUGUGGAUGGAGGAGAGACAUUGAUGAUAUGAUUGUGGUACUGGAUGCUUCUCUAGCACAUGGGUCUGAGUUAUGGAUGUUCAAUGAGGUUCCUGAGAAUGAAAGGGAGAGAAAGCUUACAGAUGGUGGCCUUGAGAUUGACCGUUUGAUGAACAUCAUACUUGUCCAUCGCGAAGGAAAUGCUGUCAUACGGCGCCACCUAGAAAGUCUUCCAUUGGAAUCAUUUGAUUCAAUAUUGAUUUUGGCUGAUGAAUCAGUAGAAGAUUCUGCAAUUCAGGCAGAUUCCAGAUCUCUUGCCACACUACUGCUAAUACGUGACAUUCAGGCAAAGCGCCUUCCAUACAGAGAAGCUAUGGCAUACCAGACCCAUAGAGGUAGCUUCUCGCAAGGCUCAUGGAUUGGGGAAAUGCAGCAGGCUUCGGAUAAGUCGGUUAUUAUCAGCGAGAUACUUGAUCCGAGGACCAAGAACCUACUAUCAAUGUCAAAAAUCAGUGAUUAUGUUCUGUCAAACGAGCUUGUCAGCAUGGCACUGGCCAUGGUUGCAGAAGAUCGCCAGAUAAAUGAUGUAUUGGAAGAACUUUUUGCUGAAGAGGGCAAUGAGUUGCACAUAAGAGCAGCAAACUUAUACAUUGAGGAAGGUGAAGAAUUGAGUUUCUAUGAGAUUUUAUUACGCGCUCGUCAAAGAAGAGAGAUUCUGAUUGGAUACCGCCUGGCUGACACCGAGAAAGCUGUGAUCAAUCCUCCUGCCAAAGACGAGAGAAAAGUAUGGUCACUGAAGGAUGUCUUUGUAGUGAUAGCUGAGAAGGAAUGAGCUACGCUGCUCUAUGCGUCGGUAUGUGCUCUCCUUUGUACAAGUAACGUGCCUCGAAGGCUUGAGCUCUGGUUGUUGCAUCCGAGAUAUUGAAGUCCGUUGGUUCAUAGAGUUGAGUUUGGCUUGAGCAAAAGUGGGCGAUCGAUCACCUUUUAGAGUGAAAAUUCAUUUUUGCGUACAUCAUCACGUAUAUAACAUGCAACACUUGUACAGCAUUCAUGAGAGGAUAUAAGAUUUGGUUGUAAGUUUUGUGAAUUCAUUGUCUCCUGCGUCCUGACAACAAAAAUACAGUUUUUCGAUUCCAUCAUAUAUCCACAUUUUUACAAUUUCAUUUUCA